CUUGAGUUGUUCAGUUUGCGAUUGCGAUUGAUGCGGGCGUGCUCUGACGGAACCUCGCACGGUUUUCAACGCGGAGUCUGUUUUGGAGUUAAUAUUUCUCAGGUAAAUGCAGAAUAAUGUUAUAUAAUCUUAUUUAUACACGUGGGACGCCAUGUUCGGUUAAUUUUGUUGAACUUGAUGUUCCCCUGCUCUAGCCCGCUAAAAAUGCUUGCGUCAGACUGGCUGGUUUAAGUUAACGUUCGUUGGCCUGCAGGAUGGAGCUGACUAGAAUGUCUACAGCUAACUUAAUAAAGGAGUUAAUACAAUUUGGUAUCGAAGUCACUGAAGAGGAGAGGAAAAAGUUUGAAGACAAUGAUGUGGAUGGAGAGACUGUUGACAUCGGACUGACUGAGUCAAUGAUUUCAUUCCUCUUUGAGGGAUCAUUUAAAAAACAAGCAAAAUUUCAUCGAUUUGUUCAGCAGAUGAAGGAGACAGUGACAUUAACUCUUGAACCUGUGCCUGUAGAAAGCCAGUCAAGAGCUGGAGCAAGUAAUAUCAGCCCAUCAACAGCUUUCCCUGCAUUUUUUGAAGUUCCGAAGUUUCCAUUUGAUGUUCAGGCCAAAUUGGACCGAAAAGAAUGCAGACUAACGUCAUCAGACCGAAACAAAAUUAUUAGAACGUUGUAUGAAAGCAUGGCUCAGUACAAAAUGUAUCCAACUACAGAAGAGUAUGUUCAAGUGGCUAAGGCCCUGACUCUGAGGUAUCCCUUUUUAAAAGACAAAGAGGGCAAUGGAUAUCACACUUGGCACAUGUCUCUGAAACGCAAGUUUAAAUUUGAGCGGACACCUUUGGCUGAAGUUGAAGAAGUGAAAAGACUUAAACAGAAGUUUGGUCAUUCAAAAAAGUCUCUGCAACCUGAAGAAAGCAGUUGCAAAGAAAUUACAAGGCCUUUGGAGAUUAAUGCUGUUGGAGAGGAUGCUACAUCAAUAGAGGGACAUGUGAAAGUCCUGCAGGACCAAUAUAGAAGGACACAGCCAGAGACUCAUAUUGUUGAAGAUCGAAUGAGGAGGACCUUUGCCUGGAGGCGGCAGGAGAUUACUAGUGGUAUGACUGUUGAAGAUGUCGUCAACAAAUAUCCAUUCUUGAAGAGUCCAUCAGGGCUGCAGCUUUAUCAAGAAAUUGGUUUCCUGUAUAAAUGUGUUCAACUGAGCCGCCAUUUUCGAGAACAUUUUGGACACAUUACAUCCAGCGUGCUACGGCUCGCUCAAGGGAAAUCCCCUCUAGCAAAGCUGCACAAAGAAGCUAGAGAAGAAUCUCUCUGUGAAGACCAUCUUGGAAUUGAUUUUAAAGCAGCACUUCUCAUGUUGCCAGCCUUGUUCAGAGAGAAACUUGAACAUUUCAUUGUGCUUGGAGAGAGUGAACCAUCCUCACCAUAUCCUACUGUUCAAGUACAGGAGACCACUGACUGGAAAACUGUGUUUACAAGAAGAGUCACUGCAGUCAUCAAAGUUGAUGGGAUCGAAAUCUGCCAGGCAAACGGUGUGGAUGAAGGGGCUCUUGCAGCAUUUUGUGCUUAUUUUGUCUUCAAUUUGACAUAUCCAUCCCACCUGAAGAACACCCUGGUGUUUCUUCAGCGGUAUGUUUUGAAACUUACUGUGGAUGGUGACAAGCCUCUACCUACCCCAGUUACCAGAAUAAUUAAUCUCUUAUAGUAACAUCAGCAAAAAUGCCCUGCCUCUUCAA